AUGGAGACCUCUACCCCUCCCUUCUUUUUCGCUCUCGUGCUUUUGACAUUAACCAGCGUUACACUGAUCGCCUCCUCCUCCCCGUUUUCCAACUCAACUACUGAUCAAGACGCUCUCCUUGCCUUCAAAAACACCACCAAAUUGGACCCUGAUUCCAUCCUGAUCAGCAACUGGUCGACCAAUGCUUCCAUCUGUAGCUGGACUGGCGUCUCAUGCAGCCUCGCCUACCAAAGGGUCACGGCCCUCAAUUUCUCCGGCUUCCUCCUCCACGGAACCAUCUCUGCACAUCUUGGAAACUUAACGUUCCUUCAGUCUCUGGACAAGAGUUCCAACAAUUUCACAGGCUCCAUACCCUCAGAGCUCUCCAACAUCCAAAUGCUGCAGACUUUGAACUUAGCGAGCAAUCAGCUCGAGGGAGGUCUACCGAGUGGAGUCUUCACCAACAUAUCUGCGUUGGUAGAGAUCAACCUCAGGUCUAACAACCUAUCGGGAGAGCUCCCAAGUGAUAUAUGCAGCAACACUCCGAAACUCAAGAGGUUACAUCUGAGCGGAAAUAAAAUUGUUGGAAAAAUCCCGAAGAGUAUAUGCAAGUGCAGAGAGAUGGAAGAUUUGCGAAUAUCAUCUAACAAACUCACUGGCAACAUACCAACUGAAAUCGGGAACUUGACGAAGCUUACUUAUUUAAGCAUGUUUUCAAACCAUUUGGAAGGAGAAAUUCCUUCAUCUGUCUUCAACAUUUCUUCUCUGGAAUUUGUGUACCUUGGUGGCAUACCCAAAGAAAUUGGAUAUCUCACCUCCUUGCAGCAUCUAAAACUUAAUAACAACAAAUUAACAGGUAUGUAUCUCUAA